UGCCGUGACUGCCGUCCUGCUGCUGUCGAGUUCACGCACUCCUGUGACUCCUCCUGUCUUUCCCCCGCCUGCCUGCCACAACCAGUCGACCACGGCACCACCAUCAUGCGGCGAAGACCGAAGACCGAAGACCGUUAGCGCCAGCGGGAAGCUUCGUUGCAUUUCUCCCCCAACUCCACCCGCCUACCCCGCCCCGCCUCGAAGGGGAAAGGGCACUCCCGCGCCCCCAAGUCGAAACGCAAGGUAAACCAACCCCCAGCUCUUCCUGCUCCGGUCUGAUUCACUUCCGCUUUGCGCUAAGCCGUUGCGGUCGGAUCAACGCGGGCGAGCUUGGUUUUCGCGCAAUUUGGUGUCGCGUGACUGGACAGUUUGCUUACCGGUUUUGUGUUCUUACUUGGUUGUGAUUAUAAUCACCCGAGACCUUGUCGUAUGUGGAUAUCAUGCUUGAAGAUUUGAUAUACUCGUGUUAGCAGCUAAAUUCGAAGAAAAUGGUGAUGGGAAGAGAGGACAAAUAUGUGAGAUUUCAGGACUGGAGAUCAGAGCAGUCUGUUAGUUCAGAGAACAUAGUUGCUCCACAUAGAGAUGAUGUUUCAUUAUUCAGUUCACUUAAAGAAAGGACUGCCACGGUUUUUACAUUUCUAGGAAAUAUUUUGCACACAGAAACCUCAAAUAAAUCAAUGCUCGAUGAAAGAAAGUCCACAACAGGAACACUUCAUCCUCAAGGGCCAUUUCUGCAAAAAUGGAACAGGAUAUUUGUGAUAUCAUGUAUAUUUGCAGUUUCAGUGGAUCCAUUGUUCUUGUAUAUCCCAGUUAUCAAUGAUGAAAAACCUUGCUGGUAUUUGGAUAGAAAGUUGGAAAAGGCAGCAAGUGUCCUGCGUUUUUUCACAGAUAUUUUCUACAUACUCCAUAUCAUAUUUCAGUUCCGGACAGGCUUUAUUGCAUCAUCUCAUACAACCUUUGGGCGAAGUGUCUUAAUUGAAGAUAGAUAUGCAAUAACAAAGCGCUACUUAUCAACAUAUUUUUUCAUUGAUGUCUUUGCUAUUCUACCCAUCCCUCAGGUUAUUAUUUUGGUCGUGCUACCUAAUCUUCAUGGCUCGAAGGUUAUGAAAGCCAAAAAUGUGUUAAUGCUUAUAAUUAUAUGCCAGUAUGUGCCUCGGCUAAUCCGGAUAAGGCCACUAUACCUCCAAAUCACAAGGUCUGCUGGUGUAAUUACAGAGACAGCACGUGCUGGUGCUGCUUUCAACCUUUUGCUUUACAUGCUUGCCAGCCAUGUCCUUGGAGCUCUUUGGUACUUGCUUUCUAUUCAACGCCAAGAUUCCUGCUGGAGACAGUAUUGUAGAGGCAAUUCGACAUGUGAUCCUGCAUAUUUGUACUGUGGAGAUUAUGAUAAGGAUGGGAAAAAUGCUUUCUUAACUACAAAUUGCCUACUAAGUAAUCAGUCAAACCUUCCAGAUCCGUACUUUGGGAUUUAUGCACCAGCUAUAAAAAAUGUAUCGCGAUCAAAAAGUUUCUUUGCAAAAUUGUUCUUCUGUGUUUGGUGGGGUCUUCAAAAUCUUAGUUCUCUUGGCCAAAACCUGAAAACAAGCACUUACACAUGGGAGAACUUAUUCGCAGUUUUUGUCUCGAUAUCAGGCUUAGUUCUGUUUGCAUUGCUGAUCGGUAAUGUGCAGACCUAUUUGCAGUCAGCCUCUUUGAGAGUAGAAGAAAUGAGAGUGAAAAGCCGUGACACUGAUCAGUGGAUGUCAUAUCGACAUCUUCCUGAGAACCUCAAGGAAAGAAUACGGCGUUAUGAACAAUAUAGAUGGCAAGAAACAAGCGGGGUUGAUGAAGAGCAACUCCUUAUGAACCUCCCCAAAGAUCUUAGGAGGGAUAUAAAACGACAUCUUUGUUUGAAACUUCUCAUGAGGGUUCCACUGUUUGAAAAUAUGGACGAACAGCUUUUGGAUGCCAUGUGUGACUGCCUAAAGCCCAUUCUGUACACAGAAGGUAGCUGCGUUAUUCGCGAAGGAGAUCCGGUGAACGAGAUGCUCUUUGUCAUGAGGGGAAACCUAAUGAGCAUGACGACGAAUGGUGGAAGAACCGGCUUCUUUAACUCCGAUGUUCUGAAGGCCGGAGAUUUCUGCGGCGAAGAGCUCCUCACCUGGGCUCUUGACCCCACGUCAACAUCGAGCCUCCCCAGCUCAACAAGGACGGUGAAGACGAUGUCUGAAGUGGAAGCCUUUGCCUUGAGGGCUGAAGACUUGAGGUUUGUGGCCACCCAGUUCCGACGACUCCACAGCAAACAGCUCCAGCACACUUUCAGGUUCUACUCGCAGCAGUGGAGGACCUGGGCCGCCUGCUUCAUCCAAGCUGCCUGGCACCGGUACUGCAGGAAGAAGAUCGAGGAUUCUUUGCGUGAGAAGGAGAAGAGGCUGCAGUUCGCGAUUGCCAACGACAGCUCCACUUCGCUCAGCUUCAUGGCAGCGCUGUAUGCUUCGCGGUUCGCUGGGAAUAUGAUACGGAUCCUGAGGAGAAACGCCACGCGCAAGGCCAGGCUGCAGGAAAGAGUGCCCGCGAGACUGCUGCAGAAACCGGCUGAACCCAACUUUUCCGCAGAAGAGCAGUAGUAUUUCGCUUCUCUGACUUCUCGUUUUGCAGAUACAGAUAUGGGAAAUUGUUUGCGUGACUUGCAAGCCCGAGGAUGGCAUGCCCAGAUUAAAAAGAAGAAGAAGAAAAAGGGGAAUGAAAUCUCGAUAGAAUGACCACUGAGUGAUAGUAAUGUAGUGAUUGAUAUACAGUACAUUACUGUUCGUUUAAGAACGUCCAAGUGGCGUUUGUAUGUGCUUGUGUAAUAGCAUAGUUAGAUAGGAGUGAUAGUAAUGUAGUGAUAUACAUUCAUCCACCGAAGCUAUGUGUGUAUAGGGAUCGACCAUUUCCGUGCUUACACUCACGCACUGUAAACGCAGCUGGUGACUGCUAAGUGGCAUCCAUAAGUGCGCGCAAGA